CUUUCUUUUUAUUUGCAGCUUACAGCAAUAGCAACUAUUACCCAGGAAAUAUGGGACCAGGACAAAUAGGAUCUGCGAUAGCGAACGCAAACGCAUUCGCCGAAAUCAACGGAAACGGACAAGGCACCGCCAACUCUAUAGCGCAAGCUGACGCAGCCGCCCAAGCCGCAGCGCAAGCCCAAGUCGCCGCACAAGCCGCUCAGAACAACCUCAAUCAGUACCAAUACUAUCCAGGCCAAGAUGCUGGAUCUCAGGCUGCUGCACAAGCUCAGGCCAUAGCACAGGCUCAGGCCGCCGUAGAAGCCGCUCAGAACAACUUCAACCAGUUCCAACUCUACCCAGGCCAAGAUACUGUAUCUCAGGGCCAGGCUCAAACCCUAGCUGAAGCCUUAGCCGAAGUUCAGGCAAACUCCAACCGCGCUUAUCCAGUCUCUUAUCCCGGUAACUGGAAUCAGGGAGGAUUCCAACAAGAAACUUAUCAAAAGAAAUUGAUCAUGCAGCAGCCGGGCUCGUUGUACUACCCAGGUGGUAACCAAGGAUUCCCUGGUGGUAACCUAGUCAUCCCCGGUGGAAGCCAAGUCUUCCCCGGUGGAAAUCAAGUCUUCCCCGGUGGAAAUCAAGUCUUCCCCGGUAGAAACCAAGGCAUCCCCGGUGCAAACCAAGGCUUCGCUGGAUCUAGCGGGUUUGUUAAUUUCGGAAGCGGAGCUUCCCAGGCCCAAGCCACUAGCAAUGCCCAAUCAGGGUAUGGAACAGCGCAAGCUCAAUCUGACGCCGUUGCUCAGGGAGACUCUCAAGCGAUAGCGGAUGCUACGGCUCAGAGCUCAGGAUACUCAAAUGGAUUAUAUGGAGUGGGAAAGCCAGACUCGUUAGCUCAAGCUCAAGGAAGCGCACUAACUAACUAUCAGACAGGUUACAAGAAUCUACCAUAUGGAUACGGUGGAUCUGGUGCUUCAGCUCAAGCUCAAGCCGAAGCUGAUCUAGGAUCAGCACAAGCUAUGGCAAACGCAUUAGCUCAGCAGUUAGCUUCGCAGGCUCAGGCUGACGCUUCAGCUAACGCUAACGUAAUGUCUCAGCCAGUGAUGUAUCAAUCCCCGACGUCAUAUUUCUACUCGGGUGGGGCCCAACCGGUGAGGACUAACGCAGCGGCUCAAGCUGACGCACAGGCGGUAGCGAAUGCUGUGGCUGAUGGAGACGCGUCCGCCCAGGCGCAGGCAUCAGCGUUGUCCGCCAUAAAAACAGGUGAUUCAGAUUCACAGGAUUAGAAAAUAUUUACUGUAGUACAACUAGCUCACGACUCAAGCGACUAAGCCAUGAAGACGGACUCGAAUGUAAUGUGGUCUAAAAGUGUGAAGCAAACCGAACGAGACACUUUUAUUUAUUUUUAAUUAUAUGUUCGGGGCAAUA